AAAGGCAGCGUGGACUUCAAAAGCUAAACAAAGAUAUUCCAAUUAUCUCAGUAAUAUGAGAACAGGAAGGUGUGAGAGGAAUUCAUCAAUCACUCAAGAAGUUUGGGACAGUUGGAUGAGUAUGUGGAGUAGUGAAGAAUAUCAGAAGAAAUCUAACCAAAGCAAAAAAAAUAGGCGUCAAGGUGAAUUAGAGAAGCCUGCCCCCUCUACUCAUACUAGUGGGGCCAUAUCUCAUGCCAAAGUUGCUAGUGAAAUUGAAAAGAACUCCCAAACUACAGUGACAAGUUAUCAGGUUUUUGUGUAUACACAUACAAAGAAUCACGAUGGAGAGACUUUUAUAAAUGAUCAGGCUAAAGAAGUGAAUGUAAGUAUUUUUGAAAUUUUAUUAAUUUUUUAAAUAAUUUGCGAUGCUCUUAUAUUAAUUCAAUAAAAUAUUAUAGGAGGAAUUUGUUUCACGUCGUGAGGAGCUAAUUGAUAUUGGUGAGGAAGUGGAUGAUGAUGAGCUGUUCUAUGAUGUUGUUGGUGGACCUGACUCAAAGAACAGAUUGUAUGGAGUUGGCUCAUAUGGUACACAAAAUAUUCAUAGUAAAGCUUCAGAGUAUUCUUCUGAAAUGGACACUUCAUCAUCACAAUCUACUAGUGCUGAAGUUAAUCAUUUGAAAGCUGAGGUGGAACGUUUGCAAAAAACUGUGGAACAACAGAAGGAAUUUCAACAACAAGCGGAACAAAAGCAACAGAAAACGGAUGAUGUCAUCCGUGCUUUAC